UUUGUAAACACUCUUCUCUUCGUCAGGGUCACUGAUGCUUUUUUUCCCCCUCCUCUUGUCUUUCUGUCACAAUGUGCUUCAGAAGAGAUGCCGGGAAAACAUAGAGGAAAGGAGCAACGAGUGUGAAUUUCUUAUGAUCUCGAAGAAACCUGAGCCUCACGUGGCGAGUGAGGCCUCAUGGACGGAGCAUGCCAUGUGCUAGAGCGGUGAGGCAGUGGGAGAUCAGGCCCACGUCUGCUCUGUGGGUGAUCAGACGCACCAGGGCCCUGAUGUGGCAGUGGAUACGGGGACUCGUCCGGGCCUGCCGGCAUGGUGUGGGAUACCCAAUGAACUACAAUGACCCGAUCCAAGAGGAACAGGAGAUGGUGUGCCUUGAGCCCAUGGGAUCAGAGCGGAUGGAGAUGCGAAAGAGGCAGAUGUCGGUGCAGCAGGAGUCGGCAGCAGGGGGAACUGCACCGGCCCAGCAGGGCCAGCCGGGCCAGGCCAACCCACGGGGCUCAAACGCAUGUUGCUUCUGCUGGUGCUGCUGCUGUAGCUGUUCCUGGAAUGAAGACCGGGAUGAAAGGAACCGAAAGGCUUCUUAUGACGUCAAGGAAGGGACCGCAGACUGUGAAGACUGUCCUAAGCCCACGCUGGAGGAGGUACGCUUAUGGGGGCAGUCGUUUGACAAGCUGAUGUGUUGCCCAGCGGGGAGGAACUCCUUUCGACAGUUUCUUCGCACUGAGUUCAGCGAGGAGAACAUGCUCUUCUGGUUAGCCUGUGAUGAGUUCAGCCAAGAGACCAAUAAGAGCACGAUAGAGGAGAAGGCUCGGGUCAUCUACGAGGACUACAUCUCCAUUCUCUCACCUAAAGAGGUGAGCCUUGACUCCCGUGUGCGUGAGGCGAUCAACAGGAACAUGCAGGAACCCAACUUGCACACAUUCGACGAUGCCAAGCUGCAGAUCUACACACUAAUGCAAAGAGACUCGUAUCCCCGCUACAUGAACUCCGCAGCCUACAAAAACCUGCUCAACACUCUGUCAGAGCAGUCCCCCGAAUCUUAGGUGUAGGAUUACAUGAACCGGGCCUCGGGCCUGGCCCCUCCCAGGGAUCUCAGCGCUAAUGUGAUCUGCACCUGACCGAAGACACUCAGGUCUCAAAAUCUCCCGAGGGCUCGACAUCACAAGUACUGCUACGGAUCAACAUAGCAAAACACUCCAAAGGAAUAUGAAUACAUUUUGUUUCUGUUUUCUUUCUUUUGAUAGAAAUAAUCUAUUUUAUUUGUGUUCAGAGUUUUUUAUGGUCUGUUGUUUUUUUGUAUAAUUGUUUGGGGGGAAAAUGAUUCCUACUGUAGACUAUAUAUUUAUGAGUUUGUAAAUAGUAAAAAUGGAAUUGUGGGUAUUUUAUGUAGAAACGCCUGGUUCUAUUUACUGCGUAUGAAAAUCAAAGCUCAAGUCAAAGGCUACAUGUUAGCUCUACUUGCAGGCAGCUUUGUGGGGUACUGUAUGAUUUUAACUUGGUUUCACCCUGUUUUGUUUCCUAACCUCACACUUUGGUACCUGUGACAGCGACUUGGCAACUCCAGUCCAUGUAGAAACUGUGCGUGAUUGAAACAACUGUAAGUGUGGUUAUCAGAGAAAUAACAGAAAGUGACACUAGCUAUUGCAAUUUGUUUCCAUAAGAAACUCAAAUCAAUGAUGGAAGGGUAUUUUAACUUUCUUUACUCAGUCUCUUAACCACAGAAGAUUGCCUAUUUAAGAUUUAAUGUUGUUUUUUUUUUUUAUUCAAGUGUUACUCAAUGCACACCUCAUAGGUUUAAUAUAGUUUUACCAGUGUGACAUAAGAACCUAUGUAAAUCUAUUUACCAGAUAAAGUAUUUUUUAUUUAUUGAUAUCUAUUGCCAAUACAGAAAUACCAACAAGUACAAAUUAUAUUUAAGUUCUAUGGUGGAGUAAACUAUACCAUUAGGUUAGGUAGGUAAAUCCCCGGAACACUUUAUUUUAUGAGUAAUUUCCUGUAAUUCCCUAUUAACUUCUUGGCUGUUUCCUAAAGAAGAACUAAGAAAUUUGGUAGUAGUUUUGGAGAAAAUAAGAAUUGUGCCAUUUAAACCCAUGUAAAUAUAAAUGUAUUAUUCAUAUAUGAUUGGAAACUUACAGGAAUAGAAGACAGUUUGGAAAAUUUGGUUAUUCACUUGCUAUUGGACUUGCUGCUAAAUGUAAAGCUACAGUGAGAGGCCAGUUAGCUUAGCUUAGCACAAAGCCUGGAAACAGGAAAACAGCUAUCCUGACACUGUUCAAAGGUUAAAAGAAAAAUCUGCCUAUCAGCAGUUUUAAAGAUAUAUCGAAGAUAUCUUGUAUGUUUAAUCCAUACAAAACGUCUAAAACAGACAACCAGUGGCGAACUAAAGGAAGUUCCUGCUCCCAGCCAACAAAUAGUCUGCCACAAAACCACCCAUUAAAACAGCUAUUUUCAGAUUUUAUACUUUGAAUGGAUUAAACAAACAAGAUAUUGUGUGUUAAAAAGCUUUAGAGGUGCUGGUAGGAGGGUUUUGUAACUGUUGGACAGAGCCAAGCUAGCUGUUUAUACCUAUUUCCAUUCAUUAUGCUAAGCUAAGCUAGUCUAUUGGUCAGAUAUGAGAGUGAUAUUGAUUUUUCUCAUCUAAUAAAAGCAAAUAAAUUGAUUUAAUUCUCCAUUUAAGUAAUUUUGCCUGGAGACAAAUUUGAGUUUUUUUCAUGUUUAGCUGACAAUUAUUUAAAAUUAAUUAACUGGACGUUACUGCCUCUACCUUUACUAAUAAUUAAUUCUUAAAUUGUAGUUCUUCUCAGGAAACUUAUUGGAAAUUAGUAGGAAAUUACAGACAGCAUCACUGAGAUUUGUGAGAAAAUGUUUGAUAGCUCGUGGAGUCGUUUGUGUAUCAUCCUGCAAGAUUUUGACUUAAAAAUCGGUUUUAAAAUCCCACCUGCAAUAUAAAAUUGACUUCUGAUUAAAACUGACUCUGGGGGUCAGGCCAGGUUAGCAGCAACACCAAAGCUACCACGUAAACUGUGUUCAUACGCUUGUCGAAAAGCGUUUCCAUUGACUAAAAUUGGAGUUGCCAAGUGUUAAAUACGUUUAUGUAUUCUGAUAGUUUUAGUUGAAUUACUUUGUUGCCUCACAAACAUGUCACUCAAAGACAAGAUCCUCACAUGGGGAAGUGCCUUGACAUUAAAUUUUAUGACAUCUUUCUCAUGGGCAACAGUUGUUUUCAGACUCUUGCCAUAAGGGUGGUUACUGGAGCACGAGACCAGUUUACUGGAAAUUGUCCCUUUCUUUGGCCAAACUAUCGCAUGUGUUUUGUCUUGAUUCCUUAGUCGUGACUACAUCAGUCCAUUUUGGUAGCGCUACCAAACAAUAUGGCGGAGGGUGAUGACAACACAUGUCUUUAUUUGCUGAGGACAAAAAGAUCAAUGGAUAGGGCUGGUUGAUCUGAACUUCUUGCCAACCUGUGUGCUUCACAGUGGCACUUUUACUUGUCUUAGAGUUAACUUUAACUUACUAUGUGCAAUUUGAGCAGAUGGAUACACCGCGCAGAUCAACCUCAAAACACAAUCUAAGCCAAUGGUUUGGAGUGAUGCCUAUACAUGUUGUUUCUUCUUCUGUUUACUAUAUGAAAUGUGUUAUUUUGCGCUGAGUUUACUGAAGAAUACAUUUUUAAAAAACAAAUAAUGUGAAUGUUUACAGUAUAUGGUUUAGUUUUUUUUUUCUGCUACUCUCCAAGAAAAUAAUGACUUGUGGGCAUUUUGAUUGAGAUAAAAUAAAGCACAAUAAUUUUA